AUGGCGCCCCAAGACGGAGCAGCGGCUGCUGUUCAACAGCGGCGACAGCAAUACCCUGCACAAGACUCGCUCACCACCAACUCGUAUACCCCCAGCUCGCCUCGUCAAAUACCCAGCGACUUCUCGCCCGACGCUAUCCUCGAGGAGGGCGCCGAUUCGGAAGACUCGCCUACAGAGCCUCUCACUCCGACCAGCAGUCACUCGCCGCAGUUCACCACCGUAAAGCAGACGCAGACUGAAAACUACUAUCCCUCAUUCGAUUACUCGAGACCUCAGCAGCAAGACUCGCGGCUCCCGCCAAGGGCAUCGGCCGACCAAAGCAGCAUUUGGCGCCCCUCUUCCGACGAACAGGCACAGCAGCCACCGCAGCAGGAUUCGGACCAAGUCAAUCCUCCGUCUCUAUCACGACGAUCGACCCGUAAUUCGACGGCCAGCUUCAAACGCACAAUGACAGGUCUUUUCCGUCGUUCCAAUUCCAGCCUUGCUGCUGGAGAGCAGCAGGCCAACGCCAAUGCUGCCUCACCACCGACGUCCAACCCUCAGCCGCGCGCAAGUCAAUCGCAGGAGGAUCCCGCGAAAAGGAAUGCUGUUCCUGUCGCGAAUCGCCCCCCGCCGACCAGCAACGGCAUGGCAAAACCAAACCGCCGGUUCUCCUUCCACAGGUCAGCGACAACCACACGAUCUAACACUCCGCCUUCGCCUGGAUCGCCCCUUGAUAGCCCUUCCGACGGAAUCAAUAACCUGCAUCCUGCACCUAGCGCAAACAGUGCGCUCCCUAGUGCCAAAGAUUUCGAUAACAAAAGGAAGAACCGCUCGUCGACAGGGCUGUCCCUCCGCGGCAAGACAAUCAACUUCCUGACUCCGAACACACCCAACGGGCAUGGAAAUGGGGUGCCUCGGUCUUCACGCCCGCGCUCACGCCGUGCUAGCAGCUUUGACUCUGAGCGCGCCAACUCGCGGACGCGAUCGCCGCACACACAACACCACGCGGACCACAACGCCUACUCCGCCGAGCGUCAGGCAUUCGCACUAGCACCAGAUGCUGGCACCGGCACCAAGGCUCGGCGUAUGAGCCUGAGCCUUCCCGACGAGUUCAUGGUGGACGUCGCUGAGCUCACUGAUGAGUUUGAGUACCAGUCCAAAUUCCUUGGCCGUCACGGCAAGCACAUCGGCAAGGGCGUUGCCUCCAAGGUCACGUUGAUGAUGCGCAAGGGCUGUCCGGAGGAACUCUACGCCGUCAAGGAGUUCCGUGGUAAAUCUAGCAGUGAAACCCAGGACUACUACGAUAAGAAGGUCAAGUCCGAGUUCAGCCUGGCCAAGAGUCUGCACCAUCCCAAUAUUGUCGAAACCUUCCGCCUCUGCAAGAACCACUCGCGCUGGAACCACGUCAUGGAAUAUUGCUCCGAGGGCGAUUUGUUCGGCUUAGUGCAAAAAGGCUUUUUCCUCGGCGAUAACAAGCGGAAAGACCGCAACUGCAUCUUCAAGCAAUUGGUUCAGGGGGUGCACUAUCUGCACUCUCACGGCAUUGCGCAUCGCGAUAUCAAGCUCGAUAACUUGCUCCUCACAGCGGACAGCAAGCUCAAGAUCACAGAUUUUGGUGUUUCCGAGGUCUUUUCUGGUACCCACCCGGGGCUCCGCGAAGCUGGGGGCCAAUGUGGCCAACACAUGGAUGAUGAGGUCCGGCUGUGUUCCCCUGGCAUCUGCGGAUCCUUGCCCUACAUCGCGCCCGAAGUCAUCGCCAAGAAGGACAAGUAUGACCCUCGCGGCCUUGACGUGUGGAGCAGUGGGGUGGUUCUGAUCUACCUGACCUUUGGUGGUGCCAUUUGGGAGAAGGCCGCCCCCGGAUAUGGUCAAUACGAUGAUCUCGUCAAGGGUUGGGAGAAGUGGGAGUCGAAGCAUGAGCCUGGGGCUACCAUGACAGACACCGAUUAUCCUCACCAGAGGGCCUUUGAUAUCGGCAUUACUCCACCUGCACUUCGCCGUCUGUUGUUGCGGAUGCUGCACCCCGAUCCGGCCAAACGAAUCAACAUUAAUGAUGUGAUCAACAACCGAUGGAUGAAGGGGGUCGAAUGCUGCCAGGUGGAGUCUUAUGAUGACCCUUGCUUGCUCAUUGACGCGACCAAAGCAAGUUCGUGGAACGGCAGCAAGAAAGUGUUUUGCCACAGCCAUCUGCCUGCCAAGAGCCAGGGGCAUUCCCUGGGCAAGAUGCCCGGCCAGCCAGGAUAUUAG